AUGCUCGAGUGUUCAACGCCGGAGUUGAUGGAGAGGUGGUGGAUAGACGGACGAAAAGAGCGAGAGAACGACCAACGGCGGAGUUGGCAGCAUGCGGCUGGAUGUUGGAAUAACACCUGGUAUAUGGUCAAGUAUUCCAUGCAUCUCGAGGACUUUGUAGCCUAUAGAUCGAGAUUGAUGGAUUAAUAAGUCCGAGAACAUCACCGAACAAUUCACACGUAUCUAGUAAUUAGUAGUAUAUUCUAGUAGUUACAUUUUGUAGUAUAUAAGGGCGACGAAGCUGCCCUCGACAUGAUUAUUAUCUUUAUCCCCU